UGUGGGUUGCGGCGCAUGGGCAUUCCCGUCUACCCCAAGGUUGGUAGGUCCCCCCAGGCCUUUUCCAUGGCAACUGUCAUUCGGGCGGUCUCCAUGGUGACCGCGUGGCGGGGUGUGGCGGGGCUGGUGCUCCGGCGGGGGCGGGGGCUGUUUUGGGCGUCCCCCCUCCCCUGCUCCAAGCCUAGAGGAACCAGGAGUUUCGGUGUCCGAGCAGCUGCCAUGGCGCCCGUCAAGGUUGGAGACAAGCUGCCCAGUGUGGAGGUGUACGAGGGGGACCCCGGCGCCAAGGUGGAUGUGGCCGCACUCUUCAAGGGCAAGAAGGGGAUUCUCUUUGGGGUGCCUGGUGCCUUCACCCCUGGCUGCUCCAAGACCCACUUGCCGGGCUACGUGGAACAGGCUGGGGCCCUGAAGGCCAAGGGAGUGGAGCUGAUCGCCUGCCUGGCCGUGAACGAUGUCUUCGUCAUGAGCGAGUGGGGCAAGGCCCACGGGGCCCAGGGCAAGGUGCGGAUGCUGGCUGACCCCACCGGAGCCUUCGGAAAGGCUACGGAACUGCUGCUGGACAAGGAGACCCUGCGUGACCUCUUUGGGACCAACCGCUGCAAAAGGUUCUCCAUGGUGCUGGAGAAUGGUGUGGUGAAGGCUCUCAACGUGGAGGAGGAUGGAACAGGGCUGACCUGCAGCCUGGCCAACAACAUCCUCUCUCAGCUCUGAGCACCAGGACACCAGGGUCCCUCCUGCUGCUGCCCCCUCCCCACCCCCCCAGCCCUAGCACCAGGAGCGGGGCAGCACACCAUCCUUUCCAUGCAUGAUAUGAUGGUCUCCCCCUGGGAUGCUGCUGCUGCUCCUGCUGUCAUGGGCUUGGCCUCUAGGGGGCACUCAUGCUCUGAUGGUUGUGUACUGCCCCACCAUGCUGUGUAUCAACGGGAAUAAACGGCUCUUGCCA